CCAACCCCCCACACUGCCAAACAACAUCUUACUGGGGGCCAUCUUCUUCGAUCCGUCGUCCAUCACAGUCCGAUCACCCUACCACUACUCCUCCACGUCGUGUCGCCCCGUCAUGGCUUUCCCGACGACGUGGAAGAGCGCCUUGCUCCUGGGCGCUCUCGUCGGCCUGUCGUCAUUGUCACCGUCCUUCGCCAACGCCCAGCACAAUACGUCGAGCUACUCCGAGCUCGACAUGAAUCGAGUUCAGCUCUCUCUUAUGGACUCGCGUCCUGGCCACUGUCCCCCGUGCUUCAACUGCCUUCUCCCCGCCCACAAGUGCACCCAAUUUUCCGGCUGUAACGACUACACGGGCAAAUGCGACUGUCCUGAAGGUUUCGGCGGCGAUGACUGUCUCGAACCCCUAUGUGGUUCCCUCGGUCGUGGCGAGAACCAAAACCGUCCGAUGCGCUCUCCGAAAGCCAAGUCGUGCGGUUGCGACGAAGGAUGGACCGGUAUCAAUUGCAAUGUCUGCACGGAGGACAAGGCCUGCAACGCUCUUAUGGAGACGGGAGAAGGUGGUGUCUGCUACCAGAACGGAGAAGUCAUCAAGCACAACUACCAGAUUUGCGACGUCACCAAUGCGAAGAUUAGGUCGCUGCUCGGCGAGCAACGUCCCCAGGCCACCUUCACUUGCAAGAGGGAGGAACGCGAAUGCGACUUUCAAUUCUGGGUCGACCAACGCGAGUCCUUCUAUUGCCACCUGACCGACUGCGACUCCAAGGCCAUCAUCGAUCCCACUCGGAACAGUACCAAUUACCAGUGCCAGAAGAUCGAGUGCAGCUGCAUCCCCGACCGCAUGCUCUGUGGCGAGAACGGCUCUGUCGACAUUAGCGAUUUCUUGGACCAAGAUAUCGCGGGCCCCGCCACCUUCGAAUGUCUCCAGGAGAAUGGAGGCACCAACAAUUGCAAGUUCGAGGAGCCCGCCAUGGACCAGCUCAUUCUCGACCUCAUCGGCGACAGCAGCAUCCAGCUCUCCUGCCGCUCCGGCGAGUGUCUUUAUCACACCGAGGUCCCCGGCUACGAACGUCCCGUUAAGAAGAUCAACACACCCCUCAUCGCCGGCGUCAUCGCCGCCUGCUCCCUCUUCGUCGUCGCCGUCAUUCUCACCACCUGGUACCUCUCUCGCCGCUCCUUCCGAUACGGUCCCAUCGCGCUGGACGACUCGGACGACGAGAGCACCAAGCUCAUGGCCGAUCACAAGCCCGCCACCCUCUACGUCCAGAACGUCUCCUACGAGCUCAACGGGAAGACCAUCCUGUCCAACAUCCACGCCGUCGCCCAUCCCGGCGAAGUCACCGCUAUCAUGGGCGCGUCCGGCGCCGGCAAGACCACCUUCCUUGACAUUCUCGCUCGCAAGAAUAAGCGCGGCAACGUCUCGGGCGACUUCCUCGUCAACGGCGAGAAGGUCAACGACGCUGCCUACAAGAACGUCAUCGGCUUCGUCGACCAAGAGGACACCAUGCUGCCCACACUGACCGUGCACGAGACCAUUCUUACCAGCGCUCUGCUGCGCCUUCCCCGCAACAUGGGACGCGCUGCCAAGGAGCAGAGGGUCCACGAGGUGGAGAGGCAGCUCGGUAUCCACCACAUCCGCGAUUCCCUGAUCGGUUCCGAGGAAGGCAAGGGCCGCGGUAUCUCGGGCGGCGAGAAGCGCCGCGUCGGUAUCGCCUGCGAGCUGGUCACUAGCCCGUCCAUCCUCUUCCUGGACGAACCCACGAGCGGCCUCGACGCCUACAACGCCUUCAACGUCGUCGAAUGUCUCGUCACCCUCGCCAGGACCUACAAGCGGACUGUCGUCUUCACCAUCCACCAGCCCCGCUCCAACAUCGUCGCGCUGUUCGACCGGCUCAUUCUCUUGGCCCAGGGCAAGGCCGUCUUCUCCGGCCCCUUUCAUCAGUGCCAGACCUACUUCGACCGCAUCGGGUACCCCUGUCCUCCGGGUUUCAACAUUGCCGACUACCUCGUGGAUCUCACCAUGCAUGCCGGUGCUACCUUUUCGGAAGACGACGGCACCCUGGGUGCGGCGGACGACGUCGCCAGUGUCGGCCCCAGCAGCACGACCGCCGUAAAGUCCAUCGCCAGCGUGGUGGCCGGAAGCCUGGAGGAGGACAGUGGCGUCGAAUCAGUCGUCUCGCCCUCGCGACCCACUCACCACCGCAAGGACUCGGUCCGCAGGCGUCAGGAGAGGGAGCUCUACACCCGUCGGAGAACCAUCGACACCGCCGCCUCGUCCGAUGCCGAUGGCGGUGCCGAUGGCGGUGCCGACGAAUCGGGCUCCGCCUUCCAGCUGCAGAGACAGCCCGCGCCUCCUUCGCACGCUUAUUCCGCCGAUGAUCCUGACGACCUUCCGCCUGCCGCCCUCACCGGCACCGAUCUCGACAUCCUCGUGCGCGCCUUCGCCGAGUCCGACAUCGCCACGUCCACCUACGACGAGAUCCAGCAGGCCGUCGCCGCCGCCGAAGCCGCCAACGGCCAGAACAACGCCAACGCCAACGGUUACUCCCCCGAAGGUCCGAACAUCAACACGGGCGGCGCCGUCGGCAGGGGGUAUGCCCGCGUCAGCCACACGAGGCAGUUCAUCAUCCUGUCGCAGAGGACGUUCCGCAAUCUGUACCGCAACCCCAUGCUGAUGCUGACGCACUACGCCAUUGCCAUCGUGCUGGCCGUCCUGUCGGGCUAUCUCUUCUACGGGCUGACCGACGACAUCCCGGGUUUCCAGAACCGCCUCGGUCUCUUCUUCUUCCUGCUCGCCCUCUUCGGUUUCAGCACCCUGACGAGCCUGAACGUCUUCGCGUCCGAGAGGCUCUUGUUCGUGCGCGAACGGGCCAACGGAUACUACGCGCCCAUCACGUACUUUGCGGCCAAGCUCCUCUUCGACAUCAUCCCGCUGCGCAUCAUCCCGCCUCUUCUGAUGGGGGCCAUCAUCUACCCGAUGACCGGCCUCGUCCCCGACGCCAUCCACUUCUUCCGGUUCCUUGGUGUCCUGGUCCUGUUCAACCUGGCCGCCGCCUCCAUCUGCCUGUUCAUCGGCAUCGUGUGCAAGGACGGGGGCGUGGCCAACCUGAUCGGCAGCCUGGUCAUGCUCUUCAGCCUGCUGUUCGCCGGCCUCCUCCUCAACCACAACGCCAUCCCCCAGGCCGCUCUGUGGCUGCAGUCGCUGUCCAUCUUCCAUUACGGGUUCGAGUCGCUCAUCGUCAACGAAGUGCUCGAGCUCACCCUGGUCGACAAGAAGUACGGGCUGGACAUUACGGUCCCGGGGGCUGCCAUUCUCAGCUCUUUCGGUUUCAGUAAUAGUUCGCUCUAUACCGACAUGAUCAACCUGGGCGUCUUUGGCAUUGUGUUUACCAUCCUCGCGUAUGCGGCUAUGCAUAUUCUACUCGUCGAGAGGAGGUAAUUUGUGUCCCCUUUGCUUUGUGGAGACGAUGGUGGCACCACUUGAUGAAGAGUGCCAGCCUGUUUCCUUUUCUUUUUUCUCUUCUUCUUUCUUCUUCUUUUUUUUUCUUUUUUUUUUCUUUGUACUUUUCGUCUUUCCCUUUAUAUAGUUUCUCCGUGAUAUCGUGAUAUAUCGUAUCAUGAUUGGAGUAUUUGAUGUGAGUUGUAGGAGUUCAUCGGGGCAGAUUCAAGUUUUAUAUUUGUUCUGGAGUACAAGAUUUUUUUUUUUAACCAGCCAUACUUAGAAGGCUUCAUACAUAUAAAUAAGUUACAGAAUAUCUAUGAUACAAAAGUCGGAAGGGGUAUGGCGGUUUGUCGAUUUGAUUGUCGUUGUUGACCGGAUAUGGAGCAUACGACCAUGC